CCUCUGUUGGUUUGAGGGUGUCAUUACAUUAAAGUGGAGCAGAACCAUGCUAACUUUGAAAGCUGAUUCCAGACCUGCUGAGUUCACAGCCCGGGAGUUUUAAAAAAAUAUUGACAUCUAACAACAUUUUGGAAAAUGUCGAAAUGAUUGAAAGAAUGGACUCCGACAGCCAGUUCGAGGAAUCCCUGUCUCCAGAGUCCACAGUCACCUCCCUGCUGUCGAGCUCCGGCCGUCUGAAAAGCAGCCUGUUGCCCCCUGAAUGCACCACUACAUUCAGAUUUAAAAACAAGGACUACGGCUCUGCCUCAGAUGCUCUGGACGCGUACAUUGCAGACUUCGAUAACAGUUGUCAGAGAUGCAAAUCACAAACAGGAAGACUCGUUCUGCCACAGAGCCCUCCACCCUCAUUGAGAAAACCCAGAAACAGAGAUGUUCUCCGGGAGAGUCUGACAGAGCGGGAACUGGACUAUUUGAACCUGCCCGUCAGUUCUGUCCUCCGCUGUGCUACAGAAGACCGACUCUCAAUGACAACAGACGACCUCCUGUCGAUACCACACGAUGGUUCUCUGCCCGUCACCCGCACCUCUGCCUUCAUCCAAGGUCUCCUGUCUCGGUCUGGAGCCCCUACACUCCAAUGCCCCCACUCCUGCAAAGGAUGUAGAUCCUGUGCUGGACUGCACCAUCAACUAGCACAGACGCCCAGGUGCUCCAGGAGCAGAGGUCAGUCAGGAGCAUAUAAAGAUUUUCCCACAAGGGCUCAUAAGUCCAAUCAGAGGUCAGCAGCGUCAGAGUGGGUGGAGCCAUCUUUUUCCAUCUUCCCCCGGAUGAACCGAACAUCUGAUCUAAAGUGCCCGACCUGGGUUGAUGACUGUGUCGGCAGCGAACCUCUGCAGCCCUUAGAAUCAAAGCUCUGGGAUCAAGGCCCCAUGUGUUCACAACCUGCACCAAGAGGUGGCGCUCCAUCCUGGGUGGAAGAGCUUGAGGAGGAUGAUGUCGACAUGAAGCGUUCACAGGAAAGUGAAAUCCUGUUCCAGGUGGACAGUCAGCUGUCACUCCGAGAUCUGAGGCAUCAGUUUGACGACCACAUCUCUCGUCUGGCUGCAGAAAGAAAAAGCUCAGACGUCAUGGAAACAUCAUUCAGAGACAAAAGGAUUGAGUCCCUGAUCCUCAAAGCAGACCAGGUCCUGAACUCUCUGUGUCAGAGCCGUGAAGCAGGGACGUCAGUGAACGCGGAGGAGCUGCUCACUUCUUCCUCACAUCGUCCCUCAUCCGUGCUGGACUCAGCAGCAGGGGGCAGCAGAACAACUCAGAACACAGGAGCUGAGACCCCAGACAGUUGUCUUCCUGGUCCAGUAGAGGCUCUGAAACAGAUGCUGUUCAGACUGCAGGCUGUGGAGGCCAAGCUUCAGCAUCAAGAAGGCGAAUCACCAAAUUCUCCAAGGAAGCCUGAGAGGUUGGAGACAGAGGAGACGCCAGUGAAUCAGGUUUAUGACACUGGGCCUGUGUUUCAGUGGACUGAUGGAGAAGCAGACCUGGACAGUUUGAGUGGUGGACUGUCAUUACAGAGGGCUCUUCAUCACCUGAACCGUCUGAAGCUGCUGGUGGAGGAACCCGGAGAGAAGAGGAGGAAGAGUGAGGAAGUCAAAGAUGACGAUGAUGAAGGACGCUACUCUUCCUCAUCUGCUGACGGCACGCCGUUUGUGCUGAGAACAAACGCUCUUUAACCUGAACGUUUUUGUCAUCACAGGAAUGUUUUUUUUUCCUGUUCAGCACAUUAGAACGUUCAACGGGACGUUUGACCAAAGAGCAAAAAAACAUCCAGAGCACCUUUUGUGUAAGAUGUAAGAAUAUACAGUAUUCUAGGUGUAGAGGGAGGCACUGACCCCUACUGCUGUCCGCCGUAACUGCAGUCAGCUAUGUCCUAGUAGCUCAUUUAACUUCUCUACAGCGAAACAAUUAACAGUUCUUAUACGAUUAAAUAUAUUUGUCAAAACCUUUCA